AUGCCUCAGACUGUGGCUUUUGACGACGUACUGAUUGCGAGUUGCACAUCAUCAUCAAAGGCUAGCUUUUCUGACCUGGUGAUAAAAUCUAUCGAUACCAGAACCAAGUGGGAGGCGGUCACAAAUCUCUCGUUUCUCACCUGCUCCAUUGAAGAUGUUACGUUUAUCCCCAUGAUCUUCCCAUCAGUGACUAUGCUGAAGAUCGUCGAUUGCCAGAUAGAUGAGGAGCAACUACGGGAGUUUUCGCAGUAUAAGCUCAUUGUUCUUAAUGUUUCCGGCUGCAAGCUGUCCAAAAUCCCGUUUUCUCUUCUGAAACCAGGGCUCAAGGCCCUUAUUCUAAGCGAUAAUAACAUCACAGAAGUGCCCCCUCUCUUAGAAAGCAUCCCCAAAGGACCGCGGGCGAUAAAAAUUACAUACAAUCUUAACACGCUCAUUCUGUCCAAAAACCCGCUAACAAAUGAGUCCAUCAAGGACAAAUUCUCUGACUUUCCAUCAUUGCGAAAGGUUAACUUCUCCGAAUGCGAGUUAACUGCUUGCCCCCAGAUCCUGUCCGCCAGCAUCAGAGAGGUUCGGCUGUCCCACAACAAAAUAUCUAGCAUUUCUGAUAGCUGGAUCUGCCUUCCAAAGCUUCGCCAGUUGGAGCUCGGUCACAACCGGCUUGUAAUGAUUAGGGAUCUUUCUGCUCUCACCAGGACCAAGUGGCUCCAUCAGUUGGGCCUAGCCGGCAAUCCGUGCAUGGAACGCGAGGAGGUUGUGGCCUACUUGAGGAAGGCUCUUGCUGCAGUGAACCCCCACAUGCGAGUCAAUCAGAUCAUCGUUUCAUCUCUUACAACCCAAACACCUAUUCAGAGUACAAAGGCGGAUCAUUCUUAA